CCAGGGCGACAAUCAUCUUUGUCAGUGAACAAAAUGGCGUCUUACUGUUUGACUGUCACUAGACUGCGGCUGGCCUUUGGAACCGGGGCAAGGCGAUUUCAUGUCUCCGCAGCCUUUAGCGCCAAGGCCAAGGUGGCCAUGAGCCGCUUUGAGCCCGACUCCAGUAUUAACUAUGAGAAGAUGCACGAGAACAUCAACAUUGUACGCAGGAGGCUCAACAGGCCUCUCACUCUGUCGGAGAAGAUUGUGUACGGUCACCUGGAUGAUCCAGCAGGGCAGGAGAUCGACCGCGGCCGCACCUAUCUGCGCCUGCGUCCAGACCGCGUGGCUAUGCAGGAUGCCACAGCUCAGAUGGCGAUGCUUCAGUUCAUCAGCAGUGGUCUGCCCAAGGUGGCCGUUCCCUCCACCAUCCACUGUGAUCAUCUGAUUGAGGCUCAGAUCGGAGGGGUUGAAGACCUGCAGAGGGCUAAGGAAGUGAACGAGGAAGUGUACAACUUUCUUGCAACUGCUGGUGCCAAAUAUGGAGUUGGCUUCUGGAAACCCGGAUCAGGGAUCAUCCAUCAGAUCAUCCUGGAGAAUUAUGCCUAUCCUGGAGUGAUGCUGAUUGGUACAGACUCCCACACUCCCAAUGGCGGUGGACUGGGGGCCAUCUGUAUUGGAGUGGGUGGAGCUGACGCUGUGGAUGUCAUGGCUGGAAUCCCUUGGGAGCUCAAAUGUCCCAAAGUGAUUGGAGUGAAGCUGAUAGGAACGUUGUCUGGCUGGACGUCUCCGAAAGAUGUCAUCCUGAAGGUGGCUGGCAUCCUGACUGUGAAGGGUGGCACUGGCGCCAUUGUGGAGUAUCAUGGGCCUGGAGUUGACUCCAUCUCCUGCACUGGAAUGGCCACUAUCUGUAACAUGGGUGCUGAGAUUGGAGCCACCACAUCCGUCUUCCCCUACAACCACCGCAUGAGGACGUAUAUGGACAAAACUGGCCGUGCAGAGAUUGCCUCUGUGGCUGAUCAGUUCAAAGAUGACUUGGUCCCAGAUAAUGGCUGUGAAUAUGACCAGGUCAUUGAGAUUAACCUGAGUGAGUUGAAGCCCCAUAUCAACGGGCCCUUCACCCCUGACCUGGCCCACCCUGUGUCUGAUAUCGGAGCUAUAGCUAAGAAGAGCGGCUGGCCCCUGGAGGUUAAAGUUGGUCUGAUCGGCAGCUGCACCAACUCGAGCUACGAGGACAUGGGUAGAGCGGCCUCUCUGGCCAAGCAGGCUCUAGAUAAAGGUCUGAAGUGCAAGGCCCAGUUCACGGUCACCCCUGGUUCUGAACAGAUCCGUGCCACUAUCGAAAGGGAUGGAUAUGCCAAGAUCCUAAGUGAUGUUGGUGGAGUCGUACUCGCCAAUGCUUGUGGCCCCUGCAUUGGACAGUGGGACAGGAAGGACGUGAAAAAAGGAGAGAAGAACACUAUUGUCACGUCCUUUAACAGAAACUUCACUGCAAGGAAUGAUGCUAACCCAGCUACUCAUGCUUUUGUCACCUCUCCUGAGAUUGUCACUGCCUUGGCCAUCGCCGGGACCCUCGACUUUAACCCUGAGACUGACUACCUGACCGCUCCUAACGGAGAGAAGUUCAAGCUGGAACCUCCAACCGGUGACGAGCUCCCCUCCAAAGACUUCGACCCGGGCCAGGACACUUACCAGUACCCACCGGCUGAGAGCAGCUCAGUCCAGGUGAGUGUGAGCCCCUCCAGCAACCGCCUGCAGCUGCUGGAGCCCUUUGACAAGUGGCAUGGAAAAGACCUGGAGAACAUGAGGAUCCUCAUCAAGGUGAAGGGGAAGUGCACCACUGACCACAUCAGUGCUGCUGGGCCCUGGCUGAAAUUCCGCGGCCACCUGGACAACAUCUCCAACAAUCUGCUGAUCGGCGCGGUCAACAUUGAGAAUGAUGCCGUUAACAAAGUCAAGAACCAGCUGACAGGAGAGUACGGAGGUGUUCCCGAUGUGGCCCGCCACUACAAGGCCAAUGGAGAGAACUGGGUGGUGGUUGGAGACGAGAACUAUGGGGAAGGGUCCAGCAGAGAGCAUGCUGCCCUGGAGCCACGACACCUUGGAGGACGCGCCAUCAUCGUCAAGAGCUUUGCCAGAAUCCAUGAGACCAACCUGAAGAAGCAGGGCUUGCUGCCUCUGACUUUUGCUGACCCCCAGGACUACGACAAAAUUCGCCCCGAUGACAAGAUUUCAAUCACUGGACUGAAAUCCUUUGCUCCCGGCAAGCCCCUUACAGCAGUGAUCAAGCACAGCGAUGGCAGCCAGGAGUCAAUCUCUCUAAAUCACACCUUCAAUGAGACGCAGAUCGAGUGGUUUCAGGCUGGCUCUGCCCUCAACAGGAUGAAGGAGCUCCAGUAAUUGGUGGGAGUGGAGUGGAGGGAGACGGGGCCUUUAGGGGCCAUUGGGGGGCCUUGGCGUGGGUUAAGAAGGGGAGAAAUGUGGGCCCAGAGAGGGGCUUUGCAAAGAGGAGACGAUGGGAACUGUAGAUGGGAACCAGCCUCGUUAGUUAUAAUGUUGGUUUAGGGACAGCUGUAGUCAUGCUCAGUUCAAGAAAGAACACACACAGACACAAGGUCGCUGUACAGAUGAGAAGCGCACACACAUGCACGCGAGCACCUACAUGCACAGACAGGGUUGCGGUGAAAGCACUCCCGGUCGACAGGCAGAAUUACUGUACACAGAUGCAUUCAAACAAGCACACAAUAACCUAAGCUAGGCGUUGUGUGUCUCCGUUAAAAGCAGCAUCGUUGCUGACAGCACUCCUCAGUUUAACCUUAUUUAAGCGUGUAACCCUUUGCGUACACAUUAGUGCACACAGACAUCUUUCUCCAUCAAAGGGGGUUAUAUUUUCCUAAUUUUGUGACAGAUUGGUAUCUCUACAUUAUUUCUCUAAAGCAGAAGAUGUUUGAUUUCACUAAAAGUUGUUCCCUCCCCUACAGAAACGUUUGUUGGAAGCAUUACCAUAGAGCAUUAUUCAUUAUUAACUACACUGUAUACCAUUUUUAUGACCAUAUCUGGCAGUGAACAUACUUGAUUCAGAACUUGAAUAAAUUAACAUACAGAUACAGAAUAUCAUUAAAAUAAAGUUGGUGAAGCAGUGACUAGUUAACGGCUUCCUUUAUUGUCUUUAACUGUAAAAUCCACUCCAGGACCAGGCUAUUCUUGUCCUCCAUUAUACCUCCACUUUAACAUUUGUCUCAGUAGUUUCCAUCCAAGCAGCUCAAUAAGUUGAGUUGGUCAACUCGCAUGAAUGUACUUUUCCCUCAUUAUCUCCAGACCUGUCACCCGAACAACAUCUUUUCCACCUGUUCUCUGUAAUUGUGAUGCACUCCACUAGUCCUUUCUUUUUCCUCCUAUUGUGUUAGCGCGAGCCUUGAUAUUUCUUCUUUUCAUCUGUGUUUUGUGUGUGAUGCAUGACUGUUUUAGUCAGGUUACCACCGGUCUGUGUUUGCAACGGUCUGUUCUCUCUUUGCUCAACCUGUCUCUGUUUUUGCUCUCACUAGGCUGGUUCAUGCAGUCCAAACCACAACCUGAUGUAUUUCGUGAAGUAGGCUGUGAUUAGAUUUGUGUUGGCGGAUGCUGAAGCUGCACUGGGCAACAGUUUUAAUGUAAAUUCUGACUUAGUGUAUAGACAGGAAAUCUUCUGUGCCCAUAGGAAACUGCAGCCGAAGUGUAAUAAAAAGUUCUUCUUUACAGCCGUGAUUGUGCUCUGUCCAGAGAAAGCGCUACUCUUCUGUGAAAUAAAUCUUCUGGAGUAGUUCAGAUCAGUUCACAUGUUUAUGUUAUCGGGGUUUCUCUGUGUUAAAAGUUUUCCACUUUGUCCUCACUAUCAUCUGGAGCUGCCAGCGUGUGAAAUUGCCUUGUGUAGCUGUAAUGGGAGAUGACAGGUGGUGUUCGCCUCUGAAUUAAAUGUUUUUUUUCAGGUUGAGGUUUGGUCCUCCAUAGCAUAAAAAGGCCUGCUGUCUUCUUACACGAACUAACGCACAAUCUAGUGUCCAGAUGUCUGUACACUAACACUUUGUAGAGUUAGGAAAGUAAAUUUAGGUGUGCUAUGUUCUUCCUCUGCAAACAUUUUACUCUUCAGCGUACAUCUCUGGUGUGUGUAACUAUAGGACUGAUAUACAUCUUGUAAUUAUUAUUGAUAUGAUUGAUAAACAAGUAUUCAGACCGUAGAAGGAUCAUUCUUAUAUUAAGUUUGGCAUCUUGCCAUGAUGUAUACCCAGCGAGCGCCACUGAAACAGUAUGGUUAUAUAUUUUUGUGGACUUAGGGAUGUUUAGGGUCAUUGCUGCUAUGUUUUAUGGGUACUGCUGGUCCUCUGUGUUUAGUUCUCACCAUCAUCCAGAAAGACUAUAAAUCUGUCACUUCUUUUUUCUGCAUUACAUGAGGUAAAUCCCACUGUACUAAAAAGCCACUGAGAUUGGACUUGUGUAUAAAUGAUAUGAGAUAUAGCUGUACUUUGUAUAGGGGUGUGUACAUAAACAUAAACAAUAAAUCAUAUAUAUAUAUAAAAUCACAAGGAGCAGUAACAUGCUGUGUGCUGCCUGUGCAAAAGAGAGCUGUUAACUCUGUUUGUGAUCUCUUGUAAUAUAAUGUCAUGAUAGAGUCCCCUCUGUGGUUGAGAAUCUACAUUAAUCUAACAUUUUCACAAACCAGUUCACAUGUGGAUUGUGGGUUAAAUUAAAGCACAGAUAUUGAAUUGUAGCUGUUGGUUGCCGCUGGGGCUUUGACCAUGAAAACAGGUGUCUUGAUGGCUUUGUGUAUUUUUCUUAAUCUUUAGUUUUAUUUUGUUCAUUUUGUUGUCAGGGUCAGAGAUGAUUUUAAAUAGCAGCAGCCCAACUGUAAUGACAUUUUGGACAUUAAUGACUCCAUAUAUGGAUUUUCUGUUCAUAUACUCCUCAUGUGUGAUACCCUCGUUAAGCCCAUCACUUUGAUAUACUCCAGUAAAUCAGAUUUACUGCCAAAGAUGCCUAAUGAACAUACUGAUAAUGGUUAUCCAUAAGUUGUGUUUGAAAAAAUCACCCAUCAUUAUGUGACCUUUCAAAAUUUGCCCCAUGUGCAUAAUUAUUUGAUUUUUAUCUAUCUAUCUAUCUAUCUCCUACAGAAUUCACCAGGAACAGUGGUUAUUUUUUACUAAUUCAUUUGAUCCUCCUUUUUCAGCACUUUUAAAACAGCCGCCCGUGAAGCAGUUUGCUUAUCCUGUGAUGUAAGAUAAUGCUUUGUUGUUCACUAGUUCAAGCCUUUGAGUUUUAAAAGCGCUAUUGUAAAGUGAAAAAUCAAAUGAUGUUGUUCAUUAUGGCAUUGUGUGUUGGCAUAUUGUGUCAUUAUGUGACAUAUUUCAACAUGCUUCAUUUGUCCAGAUACAAUAAAUGAAAUAUGAUCAGA